GAAAAAAAUAAAAAAAAUAAUAAAAAUAAAGUUAGCGUCUUUACCGGAGUCUGAGAGAGAAAGACAGAGAAACAUUCAAACAUGAGGCCAGAAGUUGCCGGGUGUUAUUACGACGAAGAGAAGAAGAGAUAUUUCCCCUUUUUGGGCCGUUCAAAAUUUUCUUCUUUUUCUUCAAUUACGAAACGAAGUCACGACUCAAAGCCUGUCCAGGAAUCUAACUAUCAGAAGAGAACCAAACUAAAAGCAUUGACGCUACUUUCUUCCCGAGAGUUGAAUGGCAAAGUUAUUCAUGUCAAUAAGAAAAAGUCAAACUUCGAGGAAGAGAUUUAUAAGACACAAGGCUCUACUCCUCCGGUAUGGAAAUACCCUUCCACGGAAAAUACAGGGAAUGCUGCUUUGAAAUACAUGCAGAUUGAUAUACAAACAUCUAGAGGCCUGACCAGAAAGAACAUCUUAGUAGCAGGCAGUACAGGAGGCACCUUGAGCGUACUUGGAGUCGCACGCACUUUUUACGGAGUACGGAGACUUCCACACUCUUUUCGUCCGGAGGUUUCUCGUAUAUCUUCUAUUCAGCUGAUUGGAAGAUCUGGCAACUUCCACCCCGUGAACCGAGCACUAAUAACUACAUUGAGAAGAACUGGGCGUAGGUCAGUUUUUUUCUUAAAUCUUGCUGAGGGGCGUAACACAAUCACUACGCAAAGCAUCCAAGGGAGUGAUGAUGUUCCCUUUGAGUGUACCAUUUGGACAGCUGAUUGCAAUAUAAGUGGGAGUCAUGCAGCUCUUGGUACCGACUUAGGCGCUGCUUUGGUUGAUUUGGAAACAGGAGCUGGUUCAUACUUCCUCCGAAGCGAAAGCGAUGUUUUAGCCCUACAGUUUCAUCAAUCGGGAAACAUUGUUCAAUGCGGGCUCAGAGAUGGAGCCAUUGUGUCUCUUGAUCUACGUGAGAGACCAAGGCUCAUUAGACACCAGAUAAGACAUCACCAAUCAUCGAGUCAAGCCGGUCAAACUACUACAAAUAAACAAUGGUUCGAGCUCCAAGGACACAUAAAUCCGUCUCAACUAAUCUAUAUGCCCUCAUCUCUUACAUGCCUGAAGACACUGAAACCUUAUGAUCAGUACUUAAUGGCAAGCUCCAUGGAUGGGACAAUCAGGCUAUAUGAUCAACGCAUGGUCAACAAAGGGGUAGCUGUACAGACAUAUGAAGGACACGUGAAUUCUAAUUUUCGCAUCAAAUUUGGCGUCGACCCGUCGGAAAGAUUUCUUAUAUCAGGAGGAACUGAUUGCUAUACUCGAAUUUGGAGUAUCAAAUCUGGUCAACUUCUGUCUGAAAAUAAAUUCUCCAACACUGUCCCUUCAGUUGUGUGUUGGUCUGCUGUUGAAAGGCAAAGAGACUGGAAUGGUAGCAUUGUUCACGGGGCAUGGCUUGGGUCGAAUGAAGCAAUAAUGGAAGUAUUUUAAUAAGUCUUCAAGAAAUAAAACUGUAGACUUGGAGAGGGGCAGGCAAUCUAGAGUUUUCACCACUAAUUUAAUAAAGUAAAAGAAAAUAAGUAUGUUCAAAUUUCAUAGUUUUUGAAAUCCAGCUGUUGUAACUUGUGAACUUGAUUGAAAUUUAUGAAAACUAUGUAAACUGAUGAGGAAAUCAAAGUUACAGAAAUCAAGAUGAAUGUAGUAUAAUAGUUUCA